GCCAGAGGGCCUGCCUUUUGGGAAAAAAAACCUCUUUGUUGUCUUGAUGUUGUGAUAAGGUCAAUGGAACAAGGGAUUCAUCUUUUUACUUAUUCAAGCGGUGGGAGUGUCACUUCUACCUGAUCUUUUUCCGUGUCCCUUGAGGACCACAGAGUACAUCAUGUGCUAGAAAAAUAUAAAUCUAUAAUACCUUCAUGUCCUUUGCAACCAUAACGUUUGCAGAGCUGAACUCUCUCUGGUCAGUGAUCUCUCUGCGGCAAGACAAGCUCCUCCAACUUGAUCACCCUUCCUUUGGGGUUUGCACAAGGGAUGUGUUUUAGUUCCUGAUCAUUGCUCGUUUCACUAUGCAAAGUCUUCAUGGAACAUGCAGGCAUUAACUCAAAACAGGUGGUUUGCAAACUCUGUGGCUUAAUUUAAAUUUGUUUAAAAUUGGGGAAGGCUUUAAAUCAAAGGAAAUAUCAGGAUGUGCCUUUGGACAGUUGGAAAGAGACGUUUGCUGUAUUUCACAGUCCAGUCCUAGACAAUGCUUUCAGGAGCUGGGGGGAGGGGUUUCAUGAAAUAGCACUCGCUCAAGAGCUUGGUACCUGACUUUCUUUUGCAAAGCCUUUAAUUUUAGCUCAAAACAUAGAGGUACAGCAGAGAGUUCAUCUGUCCAUUGUCUACAACUUAUACAGGAUGGGGUUUAGGGCAGUGUUUCUGUACUCCGGUCCUCAUUGACCAUUACCCUGCACGUUUUAGGUGUAUCCCUUCUGACACACACCUGACUUGAAUAAGUCAGUGAUUAACAAGUUUCUGCAGCACUUGAUGGCGUGCAGAGGGGGUCAUGCAAUCAUUUGAAUCAAGUCUUCUGGAACAAAGACAAAUCUAAAAUACUCAGGGCAGUGGUCUCUAAGGACUGGAGUUAAACACUGGUCCAGGGGAUAGCAGGACCAAGAUGGACACCCAGACACCCCUAUUCCUGGCAACACUGUCCAAAUUAGUAUGAAAUCGGACUCAUGUCGGUUACAGUUUUUCCAGUCCGGCUGCUGUUGGUCUCUUUCUUCAUGCUGCUGGCGUGGCCUUUCGCCUUCACGGCUUCGCUGGGGCGUUCUGAGCUUGUCCCCGAUCCACAGUCGUGGUGGAGGAGGUGUGUUGGGAAUAAUAGAUCUUUGUCUCCGGGUCAUUAUGCGAGCCAUGUGGUUCUGUGGUGGUUUCCAUUGGAUCAAAGUGAAAGGAGAGCGAGCGCCGCCUUCUGAAGUUCCCAUCCUCACCGUUGCCCCGCAUUCCUCCUAUUUCGACGCGAUCCCAGUCACCAUGACCAUGUGCUCCAUUGUCGCCAAGCUGGAGAGUCAGAGCGUCCCAGUCUGGGGCACUCUGAUCAGCUACAUCAGGCCCGUGUUGGUAUUCCGGUCGGAUCAGCACUCCAGGAGAAAAACUGUUGAGGAGAUCAAACGAAGAGCCCAGUCUGGAGGAAAGUGGCCCCAGAUCAUGAUAUUCCCUGAGGGGACGUGCACCAACAGGUCGGGUCUCAUCUUAUUCAAGGCUGGUGCUUUCAUCCCAGGACUCCCAGUGCAGCCAGUGGUGCUGCGAUACUCAAACAAACUGGACACGAUUUCGUGGACGUGGCGCGGCCCUGGAGCGUUUAAGAUUUUGUGGCUCACUCUGUGUCAGCCUCAUAACUCUGUAGAGAUCGAGUAUUUACCCAUCUACCACCCGUCAGCGAAGGAGAGGGAAAACCCUGCUCUGUUUGCCAGUAACGUCAGGAGGCUCAUGGCCGAGGCGCUGGAGGUUCCCCUCACAGACCUGUCCUUCGACGACCGGGACAUCAUCCUGUCACACGGCCCGCUGAGAAUACACGACUACACCAGCCUGCUGCACUUCAACCAGCUGCUGGGCCAACUGGGGUUAAAGUCGGGGAGCAGAGGCGGCCGGCUGGAAGAGGAGGCCAGGAGGGCCGUCAAGCUGCAGGGGGACAGACUGGGACUGGAGGACUUGGCCCAGUUUCUCAGCCUUCCAGUUACAGACACGCUCAGACAUGUCCACAGCCUCUUCCAUCAGGAUGGAGACGGAAAGAUAGACGUCAGACACUAUGUCACCGCUCUGUCCACUGUACAGCGACCUCAGAAACCCCUGGACACAUUAAAGCUGGCCUUCCAGCUGUAUGAGGAGGACAGCGGGGGAGUCACAGGAGACGACCUGGCCGUCAUCUUAGAAAUAAUGUUGGGAGUAAAGGAAGUGGAGCUCGCUCCUCUGUUCCUUGAACUCGAAGCUCAACACACAGCGAAGAUCACUUAUGAUGAGCUCCAGUGUCUCAUAAAGAAACGUCCACACUUCUCCGUGGAUUGCCUCAGUUUUAAGGAUCAUCCUCGUCGCGGCUGCAUCGAUCAACUCAACUACUGCAAUGGACACAACAAAGACGACUAAAUAACAGACUCCGUGUUCUUGUGCCUGGUUUGAUGGUUCUAUCGAGAUGUGACUCGCCUGCCACUUCUGUGCCUUAAAGUGCAGGAAAAGAAAGAGAAAGUCUUCAUUCAGUUUUCUCUCUCUUUUGUUUUAGAGCAUACUUUAGUGUAAAGAAGCAUUUUUAAAAGAGUAUAUAUAAAAGAUUAACAAUUUCUUAUACCAAUAUUCAAAAAUGUAAGAAGUCAGAGUUGUAGUUUAAGUAGAAAGCUCUCAGGUACAGCAGACACCAGCUCACUUAUCUUUACUUAUGAAUGACAGAGCAACAAAAAAAAAAAAAACACAAAACAAAAACAAUUAAAAAGCAAUGUUAUUACUUUCCUGUAACAUCAACUGCUCUAUGCAAAAAGCAAAACUGGUGUGGUGGUUUUAUUAAACGUUUAAGAAGGAGAAGUCGUGCUCCUAGAACCGGUUUAAAACAAGCAGAAAACUGUGUGAAUGUGAAAAUGAUCAACUUCCUAAAGGGCUGAAAAAAUGAUACUGUUGAAAGAAUCUCAGCUCUGUGGCCUUUUUCAUAAAGCAAUUUUGUUAGUUGGGGAAAAGGUCGUGAUGAAAAGACAUUUUCUACCCUGUGGCUGCACCGUCACGUUUCUCUGUUUCUGAACAGGAAUCAUUAACAACCAUCAGAUUUCAGAGCUUUUAUUAUUGUACAAUUAAAAUUCUUUCACUUGUA